CCACAGAGAAAUGGCUUUAUGGAUUUGGUUAUUGAGCAUCCUGAGCUACUCCUGCAUUUCUUGCGCAUUACGGUCAAAGAAAUUGGACACGUUCCAGAGUAAGACAGAACUUAGUCAUCUAGCAGUGAACCACGAUACGGGGACAGUCUAUUUAGGAGCCGUAAAUGCCCUGCAUCAACUCACAAGAGACUUGAAACCCUCAAUAGUUGAAGUAACCACUGGGCCACAUUUGGAUAACAAAAAGUGCACACCUCCCAUUGAAGAAAGCCAGUGCUCUGACAAACAAAUGACGGACAAUUACAACAAAUUACUGUUGGUGGACAACCAAGAGAAAAGAAUAGUCGUUUGUGGGAGUCUAUUUAGGGGCAUAUGCUCCAUAAGAGAACUUGAAAAUAUUUCCAACAGGACUUACUAUGAGACCGGCAGUGGGGAGAAAUCAUUUGUUGCAAGUAAUGAUGAGAAUGUAGCCACUGUGGGGCUGAUCACCUCCUUGAAAAAAGGCCGAAUGAUGUUUGUGGGGAAGGGCAAUGGGGGGAAUGACAACGGGGUCAUAAUCAGCACGCGGCAGCUUUUUAAUGGAGACGGGAGAGAGAUUUUUGAAUUGUACGCUGAUCCUGCUGCUAUUAAAUCAGCGUACCCUUACUCAAGCUCACAGCAGUUCCUCUAUAUCUUUGAGGACAAUAAAUUUGUUUAUUUCAUUUUCAAUCAGAAUGAGAGGCAGGCCACUAUAAAUAGGACACUUAUUGGGCGACUCUGCAAAGAAGAUGAGCAUUACCAUUCCUAUUUUGAAAUGGACCUGGAGUGUAAAGAUGACACCGGCCCUUUUAAUCAAAGCAAUGCAAUCUAUGCUUCUGUCCAUGGAGAACUCCCAACACUUCAUCCGGCAUCAUCAGAACAAGCUUUUGAGGCCCCACCCCAGGACAAGCUGCUCAUUGGCCUUUUCAGGAGGAUGGAAAAAGACUCCUUGGUGUCUGCCAUGUGUGUUUAUAAUUUGAGCGAUAUCAACAAAAAAAUGGAAGAAAACAGGGAGAAAUGUUAUACAAAGGAUUCACGCAAUGUAUUUUACAAACCAUUCAGAACAGAAAAUGCUCCAUGCAAAACUACGUCGCACCAGAAUUCAAGUGUAACGUUUCCAUGUGGCUCUGAACAUUUACCGUAUCCUUUGGGAAGCAAAGAAGGAAUUUCUGCAGAACCUGUGUUCAAAAAGGAAGGGAUAAAUUUAACAGCAGUGACCUUUGCUGUGGAGAAUGGGAAGACUGUAGUAUUUGUUGGAACAUCAGACGGCAGAAUUCUGAAGGCAGCUUUGUCAAAUCCUGCAAAGGAAUAUGCUAGCAUUCUUAUUGAAAAAAACAAGCCUAUUAAAAAGGAUCUUCUUCUUGAUGCUGUCCAUGAGAACCUAUAUGUGAUGACUACAGAUAAGGUAUUUCGUUUGCCUGUCCAAGACUGUGUUAGUUACUCCACCUGUAACCUUUGCAUCCAAGCACGGGAUCCUUACUGUGGCUGGUGUGUAACAGAAGGAAAAUGCACAAGGGAAAAGGACUGUGGAAGAUCAGCUAAGGAAAAUAAUUGGCUUUGGAGUCCUAAUGGUGAAUGUUUGAGUAUUACAAGUGCUAACCCUCAAAAUAUGAGCCGGAAAGUUCUGAGCAAGGUAGAAUUUACUAUAAGCCCUUUGCCAGACUUAAAUGAAGAUGACCAGCUUUGGUGUCAGUUUGGUGAAAUGAGGCAGCCCGCAGAGAAACAAGGGGAUGCUGUUAUCUGCCAACCUCCAAAUCAAAUUCCUCCAACAACCAAAGGCCAAGAUUCUGUCCUGGUUCUGGUAAAUCUAACUUUUGGAGAUAAUAUAUUUUUUGCAUCGGGUACAUACCCUUUUUAUGACUGUGGAGAAGCUAUAAAUCGCAUUGAAAAUGAGCCGUGUUAUUCCUGUGCAAGCAGUAGAUGGAAUUGCCAAUGGGACUUGAAGAAUCAUGUCUGUGAAGAUGCUUCUCUAGAGCAGGAUGUGAUUAAACAGAAUAUGGAAGAAGAAUGUCCACACUUUUUAAAUCCCAGUCCUGAAAUAAUACCAAUGGAGGUCUCAACAAAAGUUUAUUUUGAAGGAAAGAAUCUAGACAAUUAUCAGGGUAGAACUUUCAAAAUUGGAAAUAAUCAGUUUGAAUUUGAGACCACAGUGGAACAAACAGAAAAUGGAAAAUAUGUAUUUGAAAGCCCAGAGAUUACCAAUAUUGAAAAUGAAACUCUACCAUUGAGUUUAUUCAUUAAAACAGAUAAAGAUAAGAUUGAUAGCAAGUUAAUUGUGACUUUAUAUAGCUGUUCUUAUGGUCGAGAUGACUGCAGCUUAUGUCUCGCGGCUGAUCCACAGUACCAGUGUGUCUGGUGUGAAGCCAGGGAUGGUUGUGUUUUCACAAAACGUUGCUUGUCUUCUACAACUACCUGCCCUGCUCCAGUCAUUACUCAGAUUGAACCAAAGAAUGGACCUCUAAGUGGUGGAAUUUUGUUAACAAUAAGAGGAUCUAACUUGGGCGUAAAAGCUGAGGAUGUCAAAGAAAUAAUGGUAGCCGACACUGAAUGUCAAUUUAGAAAAGAAUUAUACUCUGUUUCCACCAAAAUUGUAUGUGAAGUUGGGCAUGGAUCAAUAGAAGAAACAGGUGAAAUUCAGGUUAAUAUAAAUGGACAAUACGGCACAUCCACAAAUGAAGUACAAUUUACAUAUCAGGAUCCUGUACCUACAGGAAUAAAUCCCCUGAGAGGUCCCCAGGCUGGAGGAACAGUUCUAACUAUCCAUGGCACAAACUUAGCCACAGGUUCUAUUCAAGAUGUCCGUGCUUACCUCGAUGAAGAACCCUGUAGAGUUAUCUCAUUUGGGCAAGAAAUUGUUUGUGUUACUGGACCAAACAGCAAGAAGGGGCCUGUUUCUGUAACCUUACAGCAUGGAAACACCAAAAAAGAAAUACAAAAUGUACAAUUUACCUAUAGUGAAAACCCGACUGUUAGCAAGAUCACUCCUGAAGUCAGCAUUCGCAGUGGAGGACGAAAUAUUACUGUACUUGGUACUGGGUUUGAUAUCAUUCAGAAGUUCUCUGUGGAACUUAAAUUCAAGCCUUUUGCAGAUAUAUCAUCAAGGAGGAGGAGGAGGAGGAGACAAAUAGAGAGGCAUCAAAAGUUUGAAGGAAAAACCAUCUCAAAAAUCAAUGACACUGCAUUAGUCUUCUUAUCUCCACCAGUUCUGGAGGAUCCAGAGCUUUAUCAAAUUUUUAUACUUAUUAAAAUGGAUGGUCAUGUAGUGGAGCGUCAAGACUUUCAAUAUGUUGCUGAUCCAACUUUUGAAAACUUUACUGAUGGAGUCAAAAAGCAGGUCAACAAACUUAUUCAUGCAAAGGGUAGUAAUCUGAACAAAGCGAUGACAAUCGAUGAGGCUCGUGCAUUUGUAGGAGAAGAACCCUGCAACAUAACAACUCUAACUGAGAAGGAUUUAUAUUGUGAACCGCCUGAAGAUCAACCUCUACCCAAGCGCAGGCAAAAAAGAGAUACGGUCAACAACCUUCCAGAAUUCAUCGUAAAAUUUGGCUUCAAAGAAUGGGUCCUAGGAAGAGUGGAAUACACUCAAGUCAGCGAUGUACCACUGAGUCUGAUCUUGACAUUGGUAAUUAUCCCCAUGGUGGCCAUUAUCAUCAUCUCAGUCAUUUGCUACAGACGGAAAAGCCAACAAGCAGAACGAGAAUACGAAAAAAUUAAAUCACAACUCGAAGGCUUGGAGGAAAGCGUCAGAGAUCGGUGCAAAAAAGAAUUUACAGAUUUAAUGAUAGAAAUGGAGGAUCAGACAAACGAUAUCAAUGAAGCAAGAAUUCCUGUGCUUGACUACAAAACCUACACAGACAGAGUUUUCUUUCUGCCCUCUAAAGACGGGGAAAAAGAUGUAAUGAUCACUGGAAAACUGGACAUUCCUGAAGCCAGACGGCCAACCAUAGAACAGGCAUUGAAUCAGUUCUCCAAUCUGCUCAACAGUAAAUCAUUCCUUAUUAACUUCAUUCACACGUUGGAAAAGCAAAAGGAAUUUUCUGCCCGUGCAAAAGUAUAUUUUGCAUCUCUUUUGACCGUGGCUUUGCAUGGGAAGCUAGAAUACUAUACUGACAUCAUGAGGACAUUGUUUUUGGAACUUAUGGAGCAGUAUGUUGUGGCCAAAAAUCCUAAACUGAUGCUCCGAAGAUCUGAAACCGUUGUGGAAAGAAUGCUUUCUAAUUGGAUGUCCAUUUGCCUGUAUCAGUACCUCAAGGAUAAUGCUGGGGAACCUCUUUAUAAAUUGUUCAAAGCUAUCAAACAUCAAGUAGAGAAAGGACCAGUAGAUGCUGUGCAAAUGAAAGCCAAAUACACACUGAAUGACACUGGUUUGUUGGGAGAUGAUGUAGAGUAUACACAACUGACUGUAAAUGUGAUUGUUCAGGAUGAAGGCACAGAAUCUACACCUGUAAAAGUGCUCAACUGUGAUACCAUUUCUCAAGUAAAAGAAAAGAUCAUAGAGCAAGUAUAUCGAAAUCUGCCUUACUCACAGUGGCCAAAGCAUGACAGUGUUGUUCUUGAGUGGCGUCCAGGAUCUACUGCACAGAUACUCUCAGACUUGGAUUUAACGUCACAAAGGGAAGGGAGGUGGAGGCGCAUCAAUACCCUGAUGCACUAUAAUGUAAGAGAUGGUGCUACCCUCAUCUUGUCAAAAAUGGGGAUUUCUCAGCAGCCAGAGGAUCACCAACAAGACAUGCCAGAGGAACAAAGCUCAGUUGGUACACUUCAACAAUUUGUAGAUAACUUUUUCCAUAGUGUACUUGAUUCACACCAUGUUGUUCCGCCAGCUGUGAAAUAUUUCUUUGACUUCCUUGAUGAGCAAGCAGAGAAGCAUGACAUCAAAGAUGAGGACACCAUCCACAUCUGGAAAACAAACAGCUUGCCCCUUAGGUUCUGGGUGAACAUAUUGAAAAAUCCCCAUUUCAUUUUUGACGUUCACGUCCACGAAGUCGUAGAUGCUUCCUUAUCAGUCAUCGCACAAACUUUCAUGGAUGCUUGCACAAGAACAGAGCACAAACUAAGCAGGGAUUCUCCAAGUAACAAGUUACUCUAUGCAAAAGAGAUCUCUACAUAUAAGAAAAUGGUGGAAGAUUAUUAUAGAGGUAUUCGCCAGAUGGUACAAGUGAGUGAUCAAGAUAUGAAUACACAUUUAGCAGAGAUUUCUCGAGCCCACACAGACUCAUUAAACACCCUUGUGGCUUUACACCAGCUCUACCAAUAUACUAACAAGUACUAUGAUGAGAUUAUAAAUGCACUAGAAGAAGACCCAGCUGCACAAAAAAUGCAGCUUGCUAUUCGAUUACAACAAAUAGCAGCUGCUUUAGAGCAUAAAGUGACUGACCUUUGAUUUGAAAGCUGCAAUAAAAAAAGUCUGAUCUGAAGAUGUGUAAAUUCAUUCUCCCUAAUAAGAAAAUAGUGUUCUAUUUUUUAAUGUGUAAUUACAAUUUUAAAUGAAAAAACAAAAGGCUCCU